AUACACAGUGCAUAAUACAAAUUUAUAUGUAAUUUAUAUGCAUAAAGUGAUACAAUUUAUGAUUUAUUUAAUUUUAAUUCUUUUAUUUGUUUCCCGAGAAAUUUAUUUCUAAUUAUUCUUACAUAUUUAUUAAUAUAAUAUUAAUCGUUCGAUCAAAUAUUUUUUUUAUGGUUUCAUAAAUUUUAGAAAUUAAUUUUUCUUUGCUUUAAUUUGUUUUUUAUUCAUUAUUAUUUAAAUUUUAAUAUUAAAAAAUAUCUUAUGUAAUACUUAAAUAAUAAUAAAAUAAUUAAAAAUUAAUAUCAAUAUAUUCUAUAUUUUUCUAUAUUUUUAUUCUAUAUUCAAUUUUUAAAUUAAUCUCAAAAUGAUUAAACGAAUGAGGAUAAUACAAUAAUGUGGUUUUUUUCUUUUAUUUUUUAAGACGUAACAAUUUAUCAUAAAUAUUAGAUACUUUAUUUUUAUUUAAAAUUGCAAUAUAUUAUUAACUACAUAUAUUCUUAUAACAUUCUUAUAAUACAUAUAUAUAAUGCUAUAUAAGUAAAUAUUAUAUGUCUAAGUUCAAUUCUCAUCAUAAGUUUGUUGAGGUUAUAGAAAAAUAUAUUCAUAAUAUAAACUAUAAUUAUACGAUAAAGAUUUCAUAUAACAAAUUGAAAUAAUAUUAUUUUACAUCCGUACGAUUUAUAUAUUAUUGAAGCAUGUCAUGGUUUUUGAAAGCAAUGCAUACAACUAUGAAUACAUGGAUACCUCAAGUGAUACCUAAAAGAUUUCGGUAUUAUGCAGAUAAAAUAGCUAAGGGUCCUUACUUAAGAAAUUAUGGCUAUAAAGAUCCUAUAAAUAUGAAAGGAUUGUUACCUCGUGGUGAUGAUAAAAAAUUACCCAUGCCAAUAUAUAGACCAAAGAAUGCUUGGUCUGAAAAAAGAGCAUUGUUCGGUCAGAAUGAUUAUAUAGAUAUUUUGGGGUCUAAUAAUCUUCAUCCAGCUAAAAUUUUAUAUAAUGUACCUUCUUGGUUAAGAGGUGUAAGUGGAAAUGAAUAUCAAAUAUUAAUUAGAAAACGGAAAAUGCUAAAACAUGGUAUAUAUCCAAUAGCAAGACCAACUAAAUGGAAAGAAUUGAAUAAAAGAAUAAAGUAUUUAUAUAAAUUUUUAAAUAGAAAAACUAAAACUUACAGGAGUUCGCAAUAAUGUACAUGUAAAUAAUUUGUAAAAAAAAUAUAAUUGUAACAAAACAAGUA